CGAAGAACUAAUUAAUGGUUUUUGUACAGAAAGAAGGAGUAAGCGGCCAUUUUGCAGCUGUAAAUUGAUAAUCUAGGCCUCAUAAAAGUUGUUUUUGACAGAAAGUGCAGCAUUUGGAUCGGUCUGUGACAGUUAAAAGUACAAUGGCAAAAGCGCAAUCUACAGAGUGCUUAGAGUGCAAAAGCAGCGAUUGUGGACUACAGCUGAAAUGCAUGCACUCAUUCUGUCCAAAAUGUCUUCAAAAGAUGUAUAACGAUGACCAAACUCUCAAGUGCACAGUAUGUUAUGCUGGCGCUAAUAAGGUGCCUACUUCAAAACAACGCCUUUCUGUGGAUCAUUCAAUACUUGAUGCAAGUAACGUCACCGAGCACGUAUUAAUUCAAGACAAGUUUGUUGUCACGUUAACAACAGAAAAUUGCCACUGUAAAGCUGAAUAUGACAAAGAUUUGAAGAUAGCAGGUAAGCUCACAUCACUAUCAUUUCCAGGAUAUGAGGAAAACAUUAGCGUAAAGGACAAUCAUGAUGGCACUUACGACCUGUCUGGAUGCUGUGAUAAAGAGGGUGAAUGGGAGCUGUGUGGAUAUGUAAAUGAUGCACAAAUCAGCCAGACACCUUUGAAAGUAAAAUCAGUCAAGCAAGGCUUGCAAGAACGUCCUAAUAUAUUCAGAGGGAAAAAGGAUACCCAUUUAUAUAUGUUUGAUAUUGUAGAUGAUACAGUUUAUGCUUGUGGGGGGAUUAAUGAAAUUGCAAAGUUCACGCUAAAAGGAGAACUCAUUGGUACGAUAUACGGCCACAUGUCCUGCCAGUUCACAAGUUUAUGCUGUGUGAAUGUUGAGGGAGAUUUGUCGAUUGUAUGUUAUGAUGAAUAUAUGAAAAAACUUUGGAUUUACAGAAAAGAGAACUGGCUGGAAGUUCAAUGCGAUAAGAUUGAGUCUGUCCUUGGCAAGAUAGUAUCGCAUGACGAUAAGAUCUAUGUUCCCGAUUAUGGAAAACAUUGUGUAUUGUGUUUUUCCAUGAAAGGUGAAUUGCUAGAAAAAUUUGAAGGUAAAAAUUAUAAGGAUAUAAGACUAUCAAAACCACAUGGAAUCGCUAUGACAAAAAAGGGGGAUAUGUUAGUCCUUUCAUAUGGAGACGAAAAGGUGGUAAAGUUUGAUAAGGAAGGUAAGGCUGAAGUUUUUAUUGAAAACAAUAGAAAGUUGCGUUAUCCCUAUGCCAUCGCCAUUGAUGAACGCGGUAAAAUCAUUAUUGGUUGUUACAGAAAACUACUACUGUUUAAUGAAGAUGGAACCUUUAUUAAAAACAUUGACAAAGGGAACAAACUCGCGGAUACUCCUUGCAGUAUUUUUUGCAGAAAUAGAUGCCUUUGGGUUUCAGAUAAAACUUAUUUCUCGCUUCGGCUUUACUAUUAUUGAAACAUGUUUUCCAUACGUCUGUGAUAACAUUUUGAAAAACAAGUGGAGUACUCUCUGGCUGACGGUUUGGUGUACCUUUAGCAUAGAUAAGGAAACAGUGUUUUAUAGCACGAAUUGAUAUUUAUGGGUUGUUACGUAAAUACAGAUACCAAAUUUCAGAAAUUUAUAUUAAUUAAAUGCGUAAACAAAUAGUUUAUAAAAAUGUAACUUUUAGCAUAACAGUGUACUGCUUUGUAGACCAAUUUGCACAUUAAGUUCAUAUGUAAAUAUACAAUACCAAUCUCAGAAACUUUAUAUCCAAUGAAUGUGUAAAACGAACGAAAUAUAAAAAAUGUAUCUUUUAAAAUGAUUAACCGUAUUUUCCAGAACAAAAUGGUGUAUUUUUUGGGUACUAACUGUAUAUAAAUAAACGUUUUAAUUGGAGAAAUUUAUAGUAAUUGAAUGUAAUGUAUAUAGAAUAAAUACAAUUUUAAAAAUAAACAUUUUAGCAUGAUAACAAUGUAGUGUUUCAUUACCAAUUUAAGCUUAUCAAUUGAUACACUGCUACAAUAGUAUACCGUAAUAAGUAAUUCACUUGCUAAAGAAACCAUUAGAAAAGAUAUAAAUAAAUUAAUGAUAGAAAUAAGAUGUAAUCUUAUUUUAUUUCAUUGUUAUUUUAAAUGUACAUGUUCGACAAGAAUGAGUAAAUUAUUUAAUUAUAAUUAGAGCGGAAUAUGUCCUCGCUAAUUAACUAACGCUUUGAUAAUACCGUUACUAUAUUCUCAGAAGUUUUCUUUUGAUUCUAUUCCAUUUUUAGAUAUUUCAUUUUGGUUUACAUAGCACCACCAAUUUAUGGAUCUCUUGUGACAUAAACGAUAAGCAGCAAUCGAUUUUGUCAAUCAAAAUGUAACAUCUUGAUUACAUUAACAAAAAACAAAGAGCAUGCAUGAUCAUAUUACACAGAGUUAUCACCAUCGUUAUGAUUUAUAUACUUUCGUUGGAUCUAUAAUCGAUGAAAUGUCUAUUUAAAUGUGGGUUGUGGAAAAACCUAGUUACAAGUAAUAGAUAAUUGUGUAAAUGUAGUAACACAGGCGAAUAUAUGUUAGUAAAUAUUAAUUUAUAUUAUUUCUUGCCCAAGAUACUCCACGACAAUCGGCCCAUGCCGCAAUUAUCAGGCCCAACUUGUGUUAAUGAUUGAAACGGGUUUUUAAAAUAUGCCUGUCUGUGACAACAUUUUGAAAAUCAAGCGGGUACGCUCCUGUAGAAGGCUUGGCGUAACUUUAGCAUGGAUAAGAAAACAAGUGUUUUUUUUUUUUAGAACAAAUUGAAAAUUAUAUUGGGUACUUAUGUAAGUAGGCCUAGUUAUAUGGUACCAAUCUUAGAAAUUUAUAUUAAUUGAAUGCGUUAACAAAUAUAUGGGCCUGUUAUAAAAUAUGACUUUUAGCAUAACAGUGCACUGCUUUGUAGACCAAAUUGGCACAUUAAGUUAUUAUGUAAAUAUACAAUACCAAUCUUAGAAAUUCAUAUCAAACAAAUGUGUUUCAUAAAUAUUACCAGAACGAACUGAUAUGUUUUCAUGUUCUUAUAUUAUAUAUAUACUGUAUACUCUUUGUAUUUGCAGAUAUUUACAGUAAUUAAUGUAUUGUAGGCCUAUGAAAUGUAAUAUAAACAAAAUUUAAACAUAGAAAUGGAGCAUCACAAAUUAUUUGAAAGUAUUCAUCUGGUUUGUUUAAAAGAAAAUUUCUCACAUAUCUAUGUAUUGUUUUUUAACACAUUUUUACAGUUAUCAAUCGAAUAACUUGCUACUGUAGUCGGCUUUAAUAUAUUAUUAUUUACUCACUAAUUAGAAAAGAUACAAAUUAAAGUGAUAUGAA